AUGGAUACAGAAGAUUUUGGGAUAUUAAAGGGUCAAAGCAGUCCUUAUAGACCUUAUUAUAUUCCAUCUGAUUUUUCAUAUGUUUUAGAACAGGGAAUUAAUCAAAAUACUGAAGAAUUAUAUAAAAUUUCAUCAAAUAAAAAUUGGAGAAAAUCGGAACAUUUAGACUAUUUUGACUUUAAAAACAAUAGAGAAUUGUUCAAAAAAAUACUAUAUAGUUCUAUUGUGCGUUAUUUAUGUGUAUUUGUUGUCCAACCAUUCGAAACAGCGAAAACAAUUUUACAAUGUCAAUACCAUGCUAAAUUAAAGCAAAAUGAAAAUAAAAAUGAAAUAAAUGAUUUUUUUGAAGAAAGAUAUAGUAUAUCAGAUGAAAGCGAAUCUAUAGUAUCGAAUGAGUCUGAUCCUCCAUAUUUUUAUGAACCUAACUCUCUUACUAUAUCUCCUGAUUUAUCUUAUACAUCUAAGAGAGGAAUUGUUGAUCGUGAAGGGUAUAUCCUAACACCUCCAAAUGACCAUGAAAUACAAUUUCCGUGGGAAAUCAAUAUUGAAAAAACUCAAGUAAGAGCUGCUAUUUAUGCAUUGUGGAACAAGGAGGGUGUUUUUGGUUUGUGGAAAGCUCAGAAUAUAUCUUUUAUAUAUAGCAUCUUGUAUUCAAUCAUUGAAUCAUGGAGUUCAUCUUUUCUAUCAAAAACUUUUUCUUUCCCAGAUUUUUUUCCUGAAACUAUCGACUUUGAUCAUUGGAUAGCUUCAUUUUUCAUAUCUCUAACGUCAUCUGCAUUUACAUCAUUACUUUUAGCGCCCAUUGAUAUUGCAAAAACACGUAUUAUGAUGACACCUAGGCGUUUAAAUUCUCAUAAAUUUUUAAAAACAAAUUUACUUUCUUUUUCUAUAUGUCCACCUACAUUAAUUCUUCCAACUUUAUUAUAUUCAACAUUACCUAACGCUGUAUCUUUGAUCAUUCCUAUCUUUUUUAAUAAAUGUGGGCUUGUUAUAGAUCCAUAUGAAACACCAAUUAUGCACAAUUUUACUUCAUUAAUCGCUGCACUAGCACAUCUUUCUAUCAAACUACCAUUGGAAACUAUCUUGCGCAGAGCACAGUUACAUAUAUCAAAUAUGGAACGGACACUUGUCAGACCAGGAAGAUAUACUGGCAUUUCUGGCACUAUAUGGUGUAUUUUACAUGAAGAGAAUAAUAAACCUUAUACUCUCGAUGGAUUCUACUAUGGAUGGAGGAUGAGCUUAUACACCUUAGCUGGUAUUUGGACUCUUGGACUCACAUCUUUUUUGCCUUCUGGUCUUCCUCCUGACCUUCCUAUCAUGUCUCAAUAA